AUGCUUUGUUUCAGUGAAAGGGCUAUGCGAUUACUCGGAUUAAGCUGUUUGACCGAUCUCCUCCAGUGCCUUGUAGAUUGGUUUGAUGUAUGUGAAACAACAAAGGAUGCAAUGUAUCAAGGAAAAGCAGACGAAGACGAAGCAGCCGCAGAAUUGCCUUCUUCCCCUACUGUACAUAAAUUUAUUCAUCUUAAGCAAAAGAAGGAGCUCAUGGAACACGGGAUCAUGCUAUUCUCACGUAAACCGAAACAGGGACUAGCCUUUUUGCAAGAACAUGGUUUUGUUGGCACCGAGCCUAGUGAAAUUGCUGAAUUUUUGAUGAAAGAAGAACGACUUGAUAAAACUGUAGUGGGAGAUUUUCUUGGAGAUCCUGAUGAGUUUAACAAGCAAAUCAUGUACGCAUACGUAGAUGAUUUCGAUUUCUCAAGUCGCGAUUUUGUCUCAUCGCUGAGGAUAUUUUUGGAAAAAUUCCGAUUACCUGGUGAAGCUCAAAAAAUUGAUCGACUCAUGGAAAAGUUUGCUUCGCGGUAUUGUGAAUGCAAUCCAAGUCUGGGAUUGUUUGCUUCUGCGGACACUGCCUAUGUUCUUGCCUACUCCAUUAUCAUGCUUACCACUGAUCUGCAUAAUCAGUAUGUAAAUAUGAACCGCGGCAUUAACAACGGUGCUGAUUUGCCGCCAGAUGUGCUAUGUGCAAUCUACGAUGACAUUGCUGCUAACGAAAUUAAGAUGAAGGCUGGCGCUAGCAAACUUCUCAAAUCUAAAAAAGCCAACGUGGGAGAGAACGAAAAACAACGGCGGGCUUUAGCAAAUCUCGAACUGGUCGCAAUGUCGGAGACAGCCAGAUCAUUGAUGGAAAGUGCUAGCAAUGCUGCAGCAGAUUUUACGUCAGCUCAGCACCAGCAUCAUGUGCGACCCAUGUUCAAGAUAUGCUGGACACCGUGCUUAGCUGCGUUUAGUGUGGGUCUCCAGGCUUCUGAUGACGUAGAAGAAUGGUACCUGUGCAUUCGAGGUUUCCGACUAGGAGUACGUGCUGCUUGCGUUCUGAGGUCCAGACUAGAACGAAAUGCUUUCAUACAGGCCUUGGCGAGGUUUACUCUUCUUACCGCAAAAAAUGCUUUGGGAGAAAUGAAAGAGAAAAAUAUUGAGGCUAUUAAACUGCUUCUCGCUAUUGGCGAGGAAGACGGCGAUUAUCUCGAAGACAAUUGGGUCGACGUGAUUCGAUGUAUAAGCCAACUUGAGCUUGCGCAGUUGAUAGGAACAGGGUUAGGAACGGGAGCCAAAGAAGACAAGGAGAGCAGUCGGCAAUGUAAGGGAAGAGAUGCACAUUUAUUCUACACCUUUUUUGAAUUUUUCAAAAAAAAAGACAUUCCUUUGAUAGAUGUGAUGAAAAGCACGGGAGCUUUGGAUGAACGUACGCUUGCCACAUUACAAGGAGCCCUAGGAGAAACCAGUUCACAAGCCGUCGUAGUUGCUGUGGACAGAAUUUUCCAAGGAUCUUGUCGAUUGACAGCUGAUGCUAUUGUGUGCUUUGUACGAGCUCUUUGUGCCGUUUCCAAGGAGGAACUGAACCAACCGGCUGCCCCACGGAUGUUUUUGCUUGGAAAAUUGGUCGAGGUGGCUUUCUACAAUAUGGGACGUAUUCGGUUGGAAUGGCGGCGAGUAUGGGAAGUAGUUGGAGAACAUUUCAAUAUGGCAGGUUAG